UGUGAGAAUUUUUAAGAACUCCGCGUUAAGAAAUCUAAAAAAUCUUAAUCCCCAUCCUUAGGGAUUAUUAUUAACGCUCAAUAUUUAAUUGAUUUUUUUUAAAAAAAUGGAGAAACUUAUUAUUCAUGACAAAGAGAGAUUCAAGGAACAAAAGAGCGGAUCAAAUAAUUUCUCAACCGCAUGCAACGGAAGGGAAAAAUGACAACCUCACAAAAUAUUACAGCUAACAGAGAGUACUUAACAAACCCCAAAAAUAGCUUCAUCUCUCCCUUUUCUUUGUACUUAUUUCUCAGAGUUAAAAUCCCCAUCCAGAGAAGAAAAAAAGACAAGCAGAAAAAUGGCAAAGUCUAUCAUCUCCCUUGCAUCUGCCCUUUGCUUCUUGUCCCUCCUUGGCUUUGCUCACUGCGAUAGCCUUUUCUCCGUUGAGGGCAAAGUUUACUGUGACACUUGCCGUAUCCAGUUUGUGACAAGGAUCAGCGAGUACAUGAAAGAUGCAACGGUGGGCAUAGAGUGUAGGGACCGUGAAGGCGGUAGCAUAACACACAGCGGUACGGCUGUGACUGACGCGUCGGGAAGCUACAAACUUGCAGUCGAAGAAGAGCACGAGGAAGACAUUUGCGCAGUAUCCCUGAUUAAGAGUGCCAAUUCUGACUGCAGCGAGGUGAGCAAGGAUCCAUUUCUCAAGAAGAGUGCUAGGGUCAGCCUCACAAGCAACAAUGGCAUUUCAAGCCCAGUUCGCCUUGCCAAUCCUCUUGGUUUCAUGAAGAAGGAAGCUCUUCCCCAAUGUGCUGAUGUCCUUAAAGAGCUUGGUCUCACUGCUUCUGACAUCCUAUAAACGAAAUUAAUUUGACAAUGGGGAUAUCCCUUUAAUUUGUUAUACCAAUUGAUUAAAUAAGCAGUGUUAUUUUUUAUUUUUUAUUUUUU